CUCCGGUUGAUGCUACCCUCUUAUUGUCUGUGUUGUGUGUGUACAUAUAACAUAGAGCUGAAAUAUAACGACUUUGUUUGGAUAUGAAAAUAAUUUUAAUGUCAUCAGAAUGUCGUAGAUGCAUUUGGAUUCAUCUUGAGGAAAUUCUUUCAUAUUUUGGAUAUUGAACAACGUGAAAGAUGGGCGAUUCUAUACAAGAGUUCAGAGCUGCAUUCAAACCUCUUUUUGAGGAGUUGAAGCAGGCAACAGAGACUAAGCCUAUUAAUAUCAGUCUGCUCUUGCAAAAGAUGAAUGAUUUGCGCCAAAAACAUAUAUUUGUAAACAUGUAUGCUGCUACAUUGAAGGAACAAAAUAAUGGCAAAGAUAAGAAAGAGUAUGUGAAUAAGAUUAUGCGAAUUAUCACAAACAUCUUGUUUAAAACAGAUCCCUGUUUUAGAGAAGAAGACCCUGAACAGCACUUGCGUAAAAUGGCAUUGGAACACAUAUUUUUUAUUGGAGCUCAUGAAGUGGCAGUUUUAGGGCAAUUUCUUGUCCGAGACUUAUAUACUAUCAUAAUAAAUAUUUUUGAAGGGGAUAAUGAAGAAAACUGUUUACUGGCUUUCAAAAUACUCUUAAAAUUAGUUGAGUAUGUCAACAUAACUAAAUCACCUCGUUUAAGGUGUUUUGUACUAACUAAGAUUCAAGAAUUGUAUAACAAAAUCUUUCCAUGUUAUGAGACAAUUGAUAUCCAUAUGUUUGUAGAAGCAGUUCAUGUAAGUCAUUCAUGUGAGGUAGAGAAACUGCUUGAAAAUUUGCACUCACCUAUAAUUAUCUUUGGCCCAGACAAUGGAAAGAUUAAGAUUUUGCCACGAGCAUCAAAAUCCUUACAAGUAUUAGCAGAAGCUCCACAAGUACUUAAUCAUAUUUUUGAAAUAUGGUCUAUUCAUUAUAGCAGAGAAUUAAUUCUACAAGUCUUCGACAAUUUAGAUACUACCUUUAUGAGGAUUAUUAAUAGAACAUGCAACAGGAGGGAAAGAAGAAGUCCCACAUUUUGCCAAGAUACAUAUUUUGUGUAUUUGAAACUUCAGAUCAAUCUCUUGGAGACUAUUGUGUUUCUUCGCCUGCCACUUAAAACAAUAAACAGUCCUGAAAAAAUGAGCUCUUUAAUCACAUGUUCUAAAAGACUCCUAAAAGAAUGCCCAACCAGUGCAGUUAUUCUUCGAAAGAAGCUUGUUAAGAUUUUGUACGCAAUCCUCCAUAUGAAAGUAGAGCAUAAUGGAAUGGAAAAAGAUUUCAAGAUUGCCUAUGAUGGAUUUGAAGCAUUUCUUUUAAUUAAUAAUUUAAUUUGGAACCAAGGCCCUUCACCAGAUGAUGAUGUGAGAGCAUGUUUUUACGCUUUGCUGUUGGACAUUUUUGAAGUCAAGUACCUAUCAGUUGACCGAGAAAUAAUAAUACAAUUUACAAAAUAUUUUUUACCGGUUUUGUAUGAUUCAACUAUUCCAAUAACAGUUCACAAUUCAAUAUGUUUGGUCUUGCUGAAAUUUGAAAAACGCCAGGAAGAGAAUGUCUUUUCGAUGGAAUUAUCUAUAGAAAUGCUCCAAGCUUUCAAUGAACGUUUGAAUUUAUUUGUAAAACUCGAUUUGCCCUUUAUUCGGAGAAAACUCAAGGAAUGUAAAACGUUUUUUGAUUGUGAAGAUUAUUGUGACCCUGAGUUUUCUUUCAAACAUCACCAUCUACCGAAUCCAUCAUCAGUUUUUAUUUCUGAUUUUAAAAAGUUAACUAAUAAGAAAACUUUCGAUGAAUCAAAAAAUGCCUUCAUUAUUGAAGAUUGUAAGGAUUUAAUCUCAGCUAUUCUUGAAGGUGCAUAUACAGUUGCUAAAAGAUUUCAAUUAAGCAACCAAGAACUUCUCAAUGCCAUAGAACCGUUUUCUGACUUUCUUAAAUAUUCUGUGCAAGCCUUGGAUAUAUUUAAUAUACCAAACAAAUCUGACAUUUCUGAAAGUGUUACUAGAGGAAAAUAUGAGUCAGCACUACGAACUGCUGCUAACACUUUCUUAUGCCUUCAAGGAACAGAUUGCCAAAAAAUCUUCUCAGCUAACUUAAGUGUUUUGCUUGAUGUACUGAGACAGGAUCCAUCGUUUAAGGACUUUUUGUCCCUUUUGUUAAAUCCUUCUUCAUCAAGAUGGUUCGUUGAAGUAUUUUUAAAUUUUGUUCUACAGCAGUUGGAAAAAUUUGAUGAUAAGGAGAAGAGCCCUGUCUUAUUUAUUGUACUACAUGAUGUUGUGUCUGCCAUUACGCAAUUUGAAUUGAAAGAAAUACUUGAAGUUUUCCUUUUGCGUAUAGUUAAAAAGUGUUUGGAACUGUUACCAACUGCAAAAGAUCCCUGUAAUUUCUUGAACGUGAUUGAUCAAAUGCUCCUACCUGUCACAUCUGAUUUUGAUUUUUUAUAUUCCAGCUAUUUAUCAAUCAUUGAAACUCUGAACUUUUGGUACAACUCAUCGACCAAUCCUGAAUUCUCGGCUCUUGCUUUGAAACUAAACCUUAUAAUUUUUCACAACUGCAACUUAUUGUGGUUGGAAUCUAAUCUACCGCUUGUACUGAUGCUAAUUAUUGAAGCCCUGAAUAAAAAUAUUCCGGAAUUUACUUUUGCAGCUCUCAAGCUUCUUGAGAAAUUUUCUAAAAGCACUAUGGAUAGUAUAUUGUCACCAACCAAACUGGAAAUAGCAAACUGUUUGCAGCAUGUUUUGGCAUCUGAGACAGGUGAUAAUGCUAAAGCUGCAUUUGAUUUAUUAAUGAAAUACUUCAGUUUUCAUCAUAUUACAAGCCAGUUUAAGUAUGAACCUAUCACAUCUUCAUCUGCUUUGAAGCUCAAUUUAAAAAAUAAUUAUGCUGUAGCAUUGCAUGUAGACAGAAUAAUGAAGUCUGUAUUUCAUGUCACUCGUCAAAAGCCUGCAAACAGUUCACUGCUAAAAGAGUGCUUAAAGAUUAUAAAAUAUUACAUAGCUAAUGAUUUUGAUAAAAAUUAUAUUGAUUUGUUAAAUGGUUUAUCUUCUAAUUUAAGCUUGAAUUUACCUAGUGAAAGAAUAGAAAUUUUUAUCCCUGAGUAUGAUGUCAUGAAGCCUUUGGAUACCCAUAUAUUUCUGUUAGUGGCAAUAUUAGCUAUAGCAUCAUCAUUCCACCCUGAUGAUCUAGAUGAAAAUGGCGUGACUUUUGAACAAUGCAUAAUGUAUUACACAAUUCACGGCUUCCGUGGAGAAAUUUCUCGCACUUCAGACGAAAAGGAAAUGGAUCUCUUCAUCAUAGUUGAUGCCAUUAACAGUUUUAUUUGCUCUCUUUCUGGUUCUGAUCUAGAAAUUACAUCAUGUGUCGAAAAAAGUCUUAAAGCUUUAGAAAUAUUCGUGAAAACUUCUGAAACAAUCAUGGGGAGUAAGAUAUGGGAGCUCUCUCUUUUUGAGCAGAUCUGGAAAAAGUUAUUCUGCCUACUAUGCCAUGAAGAAAAAUGGCAUGUCCAAAUAUUUAUAUGCAAAGCAAUGGAAAUUUUUAUCAAUAAAUGUCCAACAGAUUGGAAAUGUAAUCAUCUUGCUGACUUUAUUAAGUACUCAUUGCAUUUAAUGGAAAUUGCAACUAAUCACUACUCACUGGAUUAUGCUGUUUGUAUUUUUGUUAAGAAUACUCUGCCCCUUACUUUUUCAAUAAUCAAAGAAAACCCUGAAAAUCUGUUGAUUCCAAUUUUAGAAAUAUCUGUAACAUACAUAUUUUCUAUUAGUGAAACAGUGAGAAAUCAGGCUCAAAAGUUAUUUAACUUUUUGAGGGAAAUAGAUUCGAAGUUAAUGGAACCUGAUCGCCCUGAAUUCCAGUUUGUUUUAGACAAAUUAAAAAAAAAUGAAGAAAACCUGAAAUUGGUAUCACUCAAAUUAAAAGUUGCCAUCCUGGAUGGGUUUCUAUUUUUUCUAGAUGUUUAUUCUGCAUACUUAGAAAUCAUAAAUGUGAUAAACAUAAUCAAUUCUUGUAAUGAUGUGUUAGAUGAAUGUACUGCAGUUUCAAAAAUUUCUAAAGAUCAGACAAAAUUUUGUGAAAAAGCAUUUAAACUUCUAUUUUAUUGGCAUAAAGAAAGGACAGCUGUGGAACUUUUAAAUAAAGCAUUCCAACACAAUUCAUCUGAAUUGAAUUCUGUUGCUUUAAUAUGCAGCUUUCUUGUAAAGGAUAUGUUGCCCAUCUGCAGUUGGCUUACGGAUGUUAAAAGACAAGUUGAAGAGUUUCAGCAACUAGCAAAUGGUAUUGGAAAUAUGACAGAAAAUGAAGGAGAAGAUGACUGUCUUUAUAUUCAUCAAGUUUUUAAUCUUCUGAAACAUAUUCGUCACAUGUUUUGCCUUUUUAUUUUACUCAAAGAUAAUCUGCAACCAGAAGAUCAGAACAUUUAUUCAUUUUAUUUGCAUUUUGUUCUACGCUGUUUGCGAUGGCCUAUAGAUUUCUCACUGGAAUUAAAAUGGCAAAGAACUUUUAAGGAUGCAUUUUUUCCGGGUUAUGGUAUUAAAGAUGUGUUUUGGGAUAUCCUGAGCACUGUGUUCAAGUUUAACCCAGAAAAAAUAGUAAAUAGUUUCACUUUUGAAUUUGUAAUAGGAAAUAAUGAAGAGAAAAAACUUCUUUCGUCAUUUUUCACGGAAUGUCUACUUCAAGGAAAGUGGGGUCAAUAUUUGCAUGCUACAAUAUUGAAUAAUGAUUCAUUCAUCCAUGAUUUCAAAUUGUCAAAAAUGUUAUAUCCUGUAGGAGAGAUAAAUUUUAAUUCUAAGUAUUUAUUCCUUAACUGGAUGCUGAAUGAUUGGUCAAGAACACAAGAAAGUAUUAUGUGUGAAGACGUUCCAAGUCAUCUAUAUCCAUUUCCUAAUGAGCUAACUUAUUUUGCUAUUGAGUUGAUUCAUCAUCUUCAAGAGUAUGAUAAAGAUUUACUUCAAGAAAAAUCUAUUGUUUCUGGAUUGCAAAUGAUAUGGUCUAUUUCAGAAAAGAAAGGCAAACUUAUUCCUCCAACUAUACACAAUUUUCCAAGAUUUAAAGAGCACAUAAAACUUGCCAGGCUUCUAGUGGAAAUAUACAAAUUUUCCAAUGAUACUGAAUUACUCUUUGAACUUUUGAAAGCACCAGUUGAACGAUUCCCUGAACAUUUUCAGUUUUUGACAGAUUUUUUUAGGGAUGAAGUUAUAGAAAAGCAAUCAAACCUCUGGAAGAAAGAGACUCUUAUAAAAUUUGUUAUAUAUCAUGAAAAGAAACUAUAUUCCUCACAUUUAGAAAUAAAAAUAUUAGAAUAUUUAAUAAUACCUUCAUUUCUAUUUCCACUGAAGAAAUUAGAUUUUACCAUAUUAAAACAUGGGACAAACAAAGACAUUGAUGCAAAAUUUGAACAAGCAAUUAUGAUAUGUUUUGAAGAAGUCACAAAACGGGACACUGAGAUAUUGAAACCUUUAUUACAACUUUCUUGUCUUCUGCUAGAGUGUGCCUGUCAUUACAUUUCUGAAGAUCUCCUAGGAAGAUUGAAGUUAUUUGCAGAACUUUAUAUAUGGCAUUCUGAUUUUAGACAACACCCUUUUUUGAGCUACUACUGUGAUAUGUUUUCCCUGUAUUUGCAAAAACUUUUGGGAGCAAAAUUUAGUCCAGAUGUGCAGUAUAAGAUCCUAGAGAAUUCUCUUUCUUUCUAUACUCCUAAUGCAAGGGAAGUCAGUUCUUGCACACUUGAUAUGUUGAUCUCAAGUAUGUGUUUUGAAAGAGGGGGCUCUCUUUUUUAUGUCCACUGGACAAGUGUAUUCCUUGAAGAUUUCUUUCGUCAAUUUAAAAAGGAACGGGGUGAUUCAAAAUGGCAUUUCCAAUUUGAACAUAUCUUUCACAUUGUGAUUAGCAACUCUGAAGGAUACAUUUUAAACGCUGCCUUUAUGCGCAUAUUGCUUGAUGUAAUAAACGAAAUGAAAGACAUUGAUCAGUUGAAAUACAUCUGUGAAAUUUUUGAACCAAUCUUGGAUUAUGCCUUUGCAAAUAAACAUAAUACAGAACUUGCCCCUGGGAAAGUGUUAUCAUUAAAGACAACAGCCUCCUCAGUUUCCAGAGUGUUUGUUCAAUUAGUAUGGACACUGAAGAAGUCUAAAACUGAAGAGAAAUUGCGCAGGAAAAUUCUUGAUUUGAGCAAGAAGAUUUAUGAUUUGGAUUCAUAUCAUUUAUUAUUUCCUGAUCAGAUAAAGAGUACUGUGUUUAAGAACGUGAUUUUGAAAUAUCUGAGGCAAUUGAAUAUUAAUUUCUGUACCGAUUUCUUACUGUAUGUUCAAAAAAAGAACAGGAAGGAUAUUUUUGAAUUGGAUUUAUUGAAUUUAUUAAAUGGGCUUGUUCAACCUUCUUUGAUAUCAAUAGUAUUAAAGGAGAUUGUGAACCGAAAUCAAAUCCUGCAAUCUACUUGGGUGAAAGCUUUCAAAAAUUUUGCUGAUUUUCUAAAAAUAUGUAUUUGGCAGCCUGAAAAAUCUGUGUCUUAUAAUCGAAUUCCCGAAUUUGAUGAUCAAGCAGAUGCAGUUUUUAAAGUGUAUGCACUAGAAUUAAAAGAGGUUAUCGAAGGAAUCGUAGAUUUCUUAAAUAAAAUGUUCCAGAACAUUGUACUUCAGACUGCCGAUUUGCCUCCGUCUUCAGCUGGAAAGUUUGAAGAGUUUAUAACUUCAUAUUUAAAAAAGAACUUGAUACAAUAUUUAUUGGAAGUGGAAAAACAAAUGGAUUCAGAUAAGUAUUCACAAGUUGGCCAGAAUGAUGUUACUUCAACUGUAUUUAUAUGGCAGUCUGUCAUUCAAGCCAUUUUAUGGGGAAUCAUGAAACCUCUCUUGAGUAGUUUUCCAGAACUCUUAAAAUCUUGUGAUUUAAAUGAACUUAUACAAAAAGUGUGUCAAGACAAUUUAAAAGAGAUUCCAGCAACAAGCACAUAUAAUGCUGAAGAAGUAAAACUUGAUAUUGCUCUCAAAAUUUUUGAAUCUGGAUUUUUAAAAAUGCCUGAUAAUGGAGAUAUCAUAAACCUGAUUACCAAAUUGGUUAAAGUAGUAAAGACUAAAGAAGUAUUCAUAACUAUUUUAAAUAUAGUUGAAAAAUGGAUUGCUAAAGAUCUGCUAAAUGAUGGUUAUAUGGAAGAUCAACUUCUUCAUCUUAUUAAGUUGUUGUCUGACAGAAUCCUCGAGUUUGAAAAUGACAACAUAGUGCAUGAUGUGCAUUUUAAAAUAAUCACAUUAUUUUACAGGUACUUUAAAAGUGAUUAUAAAUACGGUCUUUCUUCACAAAAUGCUGUCGGUGUUCUUCAUUCUUCUACACUUGCAAAUGAGAUGAAAUUCAUAUCGUUCUUUCAGUUUUUGACUUUGGAUGAUGUUUUAAAUCACUUGGCCUGUCAUGAAUUGUGGUCUUCAAAAUGUUUUUCUCUGUCAUGUUGUUUUGAAUUGGUAACAUCUUCAGUCUUAGAAAGGCCUUUAAAAAAGUCAAGUUCUUAUGAUGAUAUAAACACAGAAUCUAGUGAAAAAGAACUUGAUAUUAUCUUGAGAGACUUAAAAUCUUUCAAAAAAGAUUUGAGCAACAUCGACUUCUCUUCCUUUUGUGAUGCUGUUCUAAAAUUAAGUGAAGUAGAUAAAAAUCUUCUAAAAGAUGUAUGGAACAAAUUAUUUCCUGAACUGUGGGCUGUUUUACUACAAGACAGUCCAGAAAAAGAGUCAUUAGCAAAGAUAUAUGAAGCAUUCGUUAAAGACCCUUUUGUCAGUGGAAAAACUGAUAUAAACAAAGACAUGGAUAUUUUUGCCAAUGCCUUCCUGAGCUGUCAUAGUCUUCCCAUGUUUAGCCAUAGAUUUUUGAAGGCUGCUGGAAAUUUUCCUGAUUUGCUAAAGAAGAUUUAUCCAAAAUUAGAAGAUUUUGUUUUGGAAAAUAAUUUAUCAGAUAUUUCUCCAAAUUAUGAAAUUUACUUGCGAUUGCUCUUGAAAUCCUACUUCAGUAUGGAAGAUCAAGACCUUCUUAUUGGUUUCCUGCACCAAUAUUCAAAAUGCCCUGCAUUGCAUACUGGCAUUUUAUGUCAUAGUCUAGGGGAUUUACGUGAAGGAUUGGUUGAAUACGAAAUUGCUUCUCAAAGAUUGAGUGAAAUGGAAAAAAAUGAUUUCUUCAGCGGUGAAGGUGAAGUCUUGCAAUCAUAUAGAGAAAAAUGUAUAAAAGUAUUACAAAAUUGGGAUAGAGUAGAAAAAGAAGAUACAUGGGAACAAGAAGUUUUAAUUGAAAAUGAGGUUUUGAAAAAAUACAAGUAUUUGUAUUGGGCAUUUCAAGAAAAUAUCGUACCACUCCCUGAGAUUUAUAGAACAGUAACCGAGUUUUCAGAUCUUUGUAUAAAAGAAGUGAAAUCUUUGUCUCCAUGCCUUUUCACUCCAAACCACUUACCUUUAUUGCAAGUUGGAAAAUAUAUCAAGGAAUUUGAAAUGGCUUGUGGUCUGCAAGAACGUAUACGAGGAAAAAAUCGAGAAUUUGAUUUCCCUACAGUAGAUAAAAUGUUUCAAUCAUGGCUGCAUGACAUGCCAUCUUUUAAGGAUGAUGUAUACUUUUGGGUAGACAUUAUUGUUCACCGAGUGAAACAAAUUGAACAAUUUCGAUUUUAUUUAGCCCUAAGAAGCAUUGAAUUGCCGGAACUGGGAAAUAUAUUAGAAAGGAUACAUGACGAUUGCUUCAAAGCUUUGGCUAAUGCAUUUUAUGUUCAUGGGCUUCCAGAGUUAUCAUUGAAAGCAUUGCAAAACUGUAAAGCUACCACAAUGAAUGAUGAAUUUUUGGAAUUGUAUGCAGAAUCUCAUUUAUUAGAAAUGAAAUUAUGUAGAAACGAUCUAGAAAAGAAAGAAUAUGUUAUAAAGGAAGCUCUGAUCUUCUUAGAAGAAUUUUCUGAUAUUGGAAGUCAACAAACAAUCGCUAAGAUUAAUAUAUAUCUAGGUUUAGUGCUCAAACAAUCACUGCACAGGAAUAGGAGAUAUAUUGUUCAUGAAUAUGGGAAAACAAUAGAAGAAAUGUUUUCUAUAUCAUACGAACAACUGACUGAUUGGUCUAAAGGUUGGCUUUACUGUGGAAAUUUCUUUCAAGAAAUGUUUCUUUCAAACAACGAUAGCAGGUAUUAUGAACAUGCAUUGAGAUCCUUAAGCAAAUCAUGCAAGUAUAACGAUAAUACAAUAUCCACAGAACCACUUGCAAAGAUAAUAUGGCUGCUUUCAUCCUCUGAUGUUCCAUUAAACUACCGAAAUGAUGUAAUUGAAGAUGUUAUACAAAUACCAUUAUCAUAUUUUCUUCCAUGGAUACCACAGCUACUUGCUGCAAUUUUAAAGAUUACAGAUUGCCACCUUGAAUAUAUUCUAUUUAAAAUUGGUAUUGAACAUCCUGAAUCUUUAUACUUUCUAUUGCAUUCAGCUAUGAAUGAGAGAAAUCCAAUGCCACUUCAAGACUACAGAUUGCCAGAGCACCUGAAUUACCACCUCUAUGCGAGGCUUAUGAAUAAUAUGAAAACUUCUCAUCCAAUGUUAAUUUCCACUUUAGAGAAAAUUGAAAAUGAGCUUAUUCUGCUCAUCAAAAAGGCUACUCCCAAUACACUUGGUGUACUGAGAAGAAUAGAAUUGAAAAUGUGUGAUAUAUUUUUUAUGUGUAUUAGAAAACACAUUGAUGCCAAUUCCAUUGAUAAAAAAAUACAAGAUAUUUUUACUGAAUCACAUAAUUCUUUAGAAACUGAAAAUGAUCCUGAAUUGAAAAUGGCAUUAUGCAAUUUACUGAAUCCAAGUGAAUGGAAAUUGGAAAAUAUCAUGUACAAUCUUUCGGAAUGCAUUAAAUUAUGUACAGUUAAAAAGAAAAGGAUCAAUAGAUCAUUUGUACUUGAUCCAGUUUCAUAUCUUUCAUCCUUUCUCCCUGAUCAAUAUCAAAUCUUUGUAAAUUCAUUUGUAAAGAACAAGCCCUCCAUCUGUACUUCACGAAUAUUACCAAAAAUAGAUCUCAUUGAAAGACAUGGUGAAUCUGCAUGUCGAAUACAUGUAAAAAGAACAAAUGGAAAGGUUUAUCCAUAUGUCAUUCUACCUGUCUUCUCUAUGGAGACAUUCACGAAAGAAAAUAGUGUUUUCCAGUUGUUUUCAUUUAUCAAUAACUUUCUACAGAAGGAUCCAAAAACCUUUGAGAGAUCAUUAAAGUUUAGUGUACCUACAAUGAUACCAAUACUUUCACAAAUUAAAAUUGUGGAAGAUGAUGAUACAUCAAUCUCAUUGUUUAACAUUUUUGAAAAGCACUAUGCGCAGCAUGUGAAAGAAAUAGACAACAUGACACCUUUGCUGGCUCUUUAUUAUGAACUCUAUAAAAAAACAUUAUAUUUUGUAGAUAAUGGUAUCAUCCUAAGGUGUGUUGAACAAUUGUUUUGCCAUAUCCAAAAUAGUAUUGUUCCAGAAACAAUAUUAAAACAAAAAUUUAAAGAAAGAACACCAUUGGAGUACACUGAAUUUAGAAAAAAAUUUUCCCGAGAAAUAUCUCUGCAUUAUUUUGCUCAACAUUUAUUCGGUUUGAGUCAACGAAUCCCUGAAAAAUUUUAUGUUCAUCAAGAUGUUGGAAAGAUUACCAAUUUUGCGUAUAUUAUUAAUUAUUUCAAUGGUUUAAAAUCUCUUUCAAAACCAUCUACCGAAAGUCCUCUAUUCCGAAUUACUCCUAAUAUUUCAACACUUAUAACACCCGUAGGAUUAAACGGAUAUGUAAAACUUGCUAUGUGUACAGCAGCUCGCUGUUUGUACAGGUAUAAUGAAGCAGUUGAAUCUGUAUUAAAAGCUAUAUGUCUGAAUGAAGUUGCAGAUAAUUUGCAUACGGAUGCAUAUAUGUCUUUUGAUCAUCAGAAGAUUAAUCUGUUUGUUGAUGCAGUCACUCGAAAAAUUGAAGAUCUGUCAAGUAACGAUUUUGAACAGCUUGAUGAUCUUAUUGCUUUAGCAGGAGCUAAUUCAACAUUAAGUUUGACGCAUCCAUCUUUUAUUCCUUGGUUAUAAACACUUCAUUGCAAAAACACAUUUUUUGCUGCUUUGUAAAUUGCAUCAACUUUAGUGUUUUUAUAAAUUUCAUUGAUUUUUAAUGAAAAAGAAAAGCUUUUAAUUUCUUGAUGUAUUUACUUAUUAAUAAAGAAUUCAGAAUUCAA